AUGGCAUCUCCCAGCGCAACCAUCACGAUUAUCAUCGCUUCCGUCCUCCACCUGCUCGUCGGCGCAUGGGCCUCGCAGCAUGGCGUGACCGCCAUCUUUGCGUUUGGAGACUCUACUCUGGACCCAGGCAACAACAACCACAUUGGCACUCUGUUCGUGAGCAACCAUCUCCCGUACGGCCGGGAUUUCCCUGGGCACAUUCCCACUGGAAGGUUCACAAAUGGGAGGCUGGUUACUGACAUCCUAAUCUCCCAGUUGGGACUUAAGCAGUUCCUCCCAGCAUACCUCGACCCGGCCCUGAAGGACGAGGACCUCUUGACUGGCGCCAGCUUUGCAUCUGCAGGAUCUGGCAUCGAUGAUGAGACUGCGGAUCUAUACAGCUUGGGAGCACGCAAGUUUUUAGUCGCAGGGAUGCCUCCAACUGGAUGCUUGCCGUUGCAGAUGACAGCGGACAGCAUAUUCCCGUUAUUUGGUCCUCACACACUCCAGCGCAGGUGUGUCGAGCAACAGAACAGGGACUCGCAGGCCUACAACAGGAAGCUUCAAAUCCUGAUCUCGAAGUUGAGUUCCCAAAUGAAGGAAGCCAGAUUCGCCUAUGCUGACACCUACAAGCCCCUGAUGGACAUGAUCCAAAACCCAUACAGAGAAGGUUUUGGUGUAUCGGCCGAGGGAUGCUGUGGGACCGGGCUGGUUGAGACUGGUCCGCUGUGCCUUGUGUUGACCCCGAAGUGCAUUGACCCGUCUCGCUAUGUGUUUUGGGAUUCCAUCCACCCAACUGAAGCUGCAUACUCUCGAAUCGCCGCAGAAAUCAUCAAGACCACGCUGCCAAAGCUCGUUUCCUAG